CUCAGUUCAGAAGUUGAUGCCGUUUCUGUAAAUUUUUGCGAAAUAGCUUAACAAAUUGUUAACAGAACACCUCGAAAGUAAAUAAAACGAUAAAAAGGGUCAAGGAGCAGUUGGAAUUAAUCUUUGCAUCCUUUCAAGUGUUGAAUUUUUGGCUCCUAUCCAUCCCAUUGUCACUGACCGACGCUAACGCGCUGACGCAAACCAGGCGCAAAGAAACGAAAGUCCGCUUGCCAUACAUACAUUCCGUCGCUUCUGCUAAAGCAGGCUUUAUUAACCGAAAGUUGUGAAAUAUUUCGAAGCCGAAAUGGCCGAUCCAAAAACUCCAAAGAAAAUGCUUUCUGCCAAACCACCAGUUUUCCAUCACCACAAUAGCCACAGCCCCAAUGCUUCGCUACAGCUGCCGAGUCCAAUCAUCACGCGGCGCACACGCACGGCCUCCACUUCGGCGCGCGCAAUGGAAAAUCCUGUGGUUACCGGUGUUGUGAAAUCUUUUAGCCGUACCAAAGGACACGGCUUUAUUACGCCCAAUGCCGGUGGCGAGGACGUUUUUUGCCAUGUUUCCGACAUCGAAGGCGAAUAUGUGCCAAUGCCGGGAGAUGAGGUGAAAUACCGCCUUUGCGCCAUUCCACCCAAGUAUGAGAAACAUCAGGCCGUGCACGUGCAGAUAAGCAAUUUGACGCCGGAGGUCCACCACAAAUGGGAGGAGCCUGUUUUUUGCGGCUCGCCUGCCAAAUAGGGGCAAUUGGCCUUGUGUAUUACUUAAAAAUUUGGAACACGCCACAUACAAACAAUAAAAAUGCAAAAAUAUAGCGCAGUUGCCGGUGGCGAAAAUGCUCGUAACGAAGAACAUGAAAUAGAAACGAAGCGAAAUUAUUAAAACGAACGCGCCACACAUCCAGCCAGUUUCAAUUAAAAAUCUUUAUUAAUUUAUUAAGCUAAGCGAAAACGAAUGUCACAAAGUUUGACUUUUUUGAAAAGCCAAGCAAGCAGGCAAGAACCAGUUUUGGAAACUUAUGAUGAAAUUGCAUGAAAAAUGUAAAUUGUUAUUAAAGUGCGACGUCUGUGUUUUUGAUUUGGAGCCUGUAUCAGUAAUUAAUUUUAAUUAUUUUUAAAUACAUAUUCAUUCGCAUUCAAAAUCAGCUAGCAAGCAAAUGCCCGAUUACUUUAUGGAAAACAAAUACUGCGAAUUGAAGUACAUACUUAAUAAUAAACAAAUUCGAAUUCUUAUUAA